AAAUAUAUUUUUCGCAUCUCUAGCGGCCGCCGACAGCGCAAAGUUUGCAGAAUAAUUUUUAUGGUUUUCAAUUUUUAGAGCGUUAGAAAAAAUUUAAACAGGACGACAAAAUGCCGCGUAUUAUGAUUAAAGGCGGCGUUUGGCGCAAUACAGAGGAUGAAAUUCUCAAAGCGGCUGUCAUGAAAUAUGGCAAAAAUCAAUGGAGUCGUAUUGCCUCGCUGCUGCAUCGCAAGUCGGCCAAACAGUGUAAAGCACGUUGGUACGAAUGGCUCGAUCCGAGCAUCAAGAAGACCGAAUGGUCGCGCGAGGAGGACGAGAAGCUCCUGCAUCUGGCCAAGCUGAUGCCGACGCAGUGGCGCACCAUCGCGCCCAUCAUUGGACGCACUGCAGCACAGUGCCUGGAACGCUACGAAUAUCUGCUUGACCAGGCGCAGCGCAAGGAGGAUGGUGAAGACACCAUGGACGACCCACGCAAACUAAAGCCUGGUGAAAUUGAUCCCAAUCCAGAGACAAAGCCCGCCCGGCCCGAUCCCAAAGACAUGGACGAGGACGAGCUGGAGAUGCUGUCCGAGGCACGCGCCCGUCUGGCCAACACACAGGGCAAGAAGGCCAAGCGCAAGGCGCGCGAAAAGCAGCUGGAGGAGGCACGUCGCCUGGCCACGCUGCAGAAGCGUCGCGAGCUACGUGCCGCCGGUAUUGGCAGCGGCAAUCGGAAGCGCAUUAAAGGCAUCGACUACAAUGCAGAAAUACCUUUUGAGAAGCGACCGGCGAUUGGCUUCUAUGACACAUCCGAGGAGCAUCUGCAGAAGCAGGAUCCGGACUUCAACAAGAUGCGCCAACAGGAUCUGGAUGGUGAGCUGCGCUCCGAGAAGGAGGAGCGUGAGCGCAAACGCGACAAGCAGAAGCUGAAACAGCGCAAGGAGAACGAGGUGCCGUCGGCCAUGAUGCAAAACCUGGAGCCGGAGCGUAAGCGUUCCAAGUUGGUGUUGCCCACGCCGCAAAUUUCCGAUAUGGAGCUGCAGCAGGUGGUCAAGCUGGGCCGCGCCAGUGAGAUGGCCAAGGAAAUAGCCGGUGAGAGCGGCAUCGAAACAACGGAUGCACUGCUGGCCGAUUAUUCCAUUACGCCCCAAGUGGCGGCCACGCCUCGCACUCCAGCGCCCUACACGGAUCGCAUUAUGCAGGAGGCACAGAACAUGAUGGCGCUUACCCACACUGAGACACCGCUCAAAGGAGGCCUCAAUACUCCACUGCACGAAUCGGACUUCUCGGGCGUGCUGCCCAAAGCGGCGGCCAUUACCACGCCGAACACGGUCAUUGCCACGCCUUUUCGCACACAGCGUGAGGGCGGGGGCGCCGCAACGCCAGCGGGCUUCCUAACGCCCGCCUCGGGCGCCUUGCUACCCGUGCUGAAGACCGGCACAGCUGGUGGCACCGGAACGCCUGCUCUCGUGCGCGACAAGCUUAGCAUCAAUCCGGAGGAGAACAUGGGCGUUACGGAAACCCCAGCGCUCUUCAAGAACUACCAGAAGCAGGUGAAGUCAACGCUGCGCGAGGGUCUGGCCACGCUGCCAACGCCACGCAACGAUUACGAGAUUGUGGUGCCGGAGCAGGAGGACAGCGAGCCCAUGGAGACGGGCACUGAGCCUGCCAUAGAGGAUCAGGCGGAUGUGGACGCACGCCUGCUUGCAGAGCAGGAGGCGCAGCGCCAGCGCGAGCUGGCCAAACGCUCGCAGGUCAUACAGCGCAGCCUGCCCCGUCCCACCGAGGUGAACACCAAGAUCCUGCGGCCGCAGUCCGAGAAGCAGAACCUAACCGAACAGCAGCAGGCCGAGGAGCUGAUCAAGCACGAGAUGAUCACCAUGCAGCUUUAUGACUCUGUGCGGGAUCCGGUGCCGGGUCAGUCGCAGCACAAGCUGGAACAGCUGCAGAGCUACUUCAAGGCCAAUCCGUAUGAGGAGAUAUCGCAGGAGGAGCUGGCCGAUGCCAAACAAAUGCUAGCCGACGAAAUGGAGGUUGUGAAGGAGCGCAUGUCCCACGGCGAGCUGCCGCUAGAUGUUUACGCGCAGGUGUGGCAGGAGUGCCUCGGCCAGGUGCUCUAUCUGCCCUCGCAGCAUCGUUACACGCGCGCCAAUCUGGCCAGCAAAAAGGAUCGCCUGGAGUCGGCGGAGAAGCGUUUGGAACAGAAUCGGCGUCACAUGGCCAAGGAGGCUAAGCGCUGCGGCAAGAUUGAGAAGAAGCUGAAAAUACUCACCGGUGGCUAUCAGGCGCGCGCCCAGGUGCUGAUCAAACAGCUGCAGGACACCUACACACAGAUCGAGCAGAACUCCCAGUCGCUGUCCACAUUUCGUUUCUUGGGCGAGCAGGAGGCGAUUGCUGUGCCGCGACGCCUCGAGGCGCUGCAGGAGGAUGUGCGCCGGCAAAUGGAGCGCGAAAAGGAGCUGCAGCAGAAGUACGCCAACCUGGCCGAGCAGCGCGAUACGCUCUUCAACCAACUGGAGCUAAUUACGGGCGUGCGACCAAACGCACAGCAGCUGCUCGGCGUGGACCAGGAGACGCAGUUGCAGGCCUAGUCUUAAUCACUAGAAUUUUAAUUUUUCCCAAACAAGCAUAAAUACAAAUACGUUAAUUAA